AUGUUGCACGUGGAGCACGCUUGCGAAAUCCAAAAGGAAGAGGACGUGCUGUUCCUUCCUGGCCGAGGACCGCUACGAAAGGUGUACGAUCUGCUUCGAUUGGCGGUGAUAGCCUCGCGCAAAAAUCCAGGUGCCCGCAAGUACCUGGGGAGCACCGCUUUCAUAGUCUCGGAAAAGCGCCGACAGUUGCGGAAUUACAUGCACAUUAUUCAUCCUUUCAGUAUGUUCAGCCAUGCCUGGGACUUCUUAAUGAUAUUCCUAACGACUACAAUGCUGAUACUCAUUCCAUACCAAGCGGCGUUCGCAAUGAUUCAGAGACCAGUGGCCUGGUCCGUGACGAAGAAUUGCUUCCUGCUGAUAGCCUGCAUAGACAUGGGGAUCAAAUUCAGAACAGGUUACAUGGACGAAGAGGAACACGCGGUGAUACUAGACCAGAGAAAGAUAGCGCACCGAUACAUGAAAUCGGGUACCUUCUUCCCCGAUCUGAUCGGCUCGUUCCCAACCGAUCUGUUAUUCUCGACCGCAUGGAACGAGCUGAAAGUGUCCCGCAAGGUGGCUUCAUUGGUCUGCAUCUUUCGCGUGUUCUCUUUGAGCUCGAGCAUCAGCAGAGUCGCUCACGCGUACGACAUACCGCUGGCUCUCUACGAAUUCUGCAUCGUGAUCUAUUGGCUAUUGAUCAGCCUCCAUUGGCAAUCCUGCGCCUUCUGGCUGGUGCCGAUAGCUUCGAGCUCGAUGGGAGUGCCUGUGAGGCCCCGCAACGACUCCUGGGUGAUCGAGUACAAUCUCUGGGACGUCUCGAAGGAGGAACAGUACUUCUGCUGCGUGCUGCGCGCCAUCACUACGUACGCGAAGUCCGGGCUGCUUCAGCCGCACGUGACCAACCUGCCAGAUCUCUAUCUGAUAAUCGCGCUGCAGAUUCUAGGGAUUCUAACACCUUGGAUCCUGGUGGCCCGCGUGAUGCAGUUCUUCAAGGGUACGAACAGCUCGAGGCUCAGGUACCAAGCCACCAUGGCUCAGCUGAGACAAUACAUGAGACACAAGCACCUGCCGCACCACACUCAGACGAGGAUCACCGAGUAUUACGAGUUCCACUUUCAACGUCGCUACUUUCGCGAGUCCGAGAUCAUGCAGACGCUGUCCUCGCAGAUGCGCCACGAGAUUAAUAUGCACUCCUGCCGCAAACUCGUGGAGAACGUCACUUUCUUCAAUAAUCUACCGUUAUCGCUGCUCGGACGGAUCGUCGGUUUAUUGAAGUCGGAGAUCUUCCUCACGAACGACGUGAUCGUAAGAGCGAAUCAGCCGGGCAACUGCAUGUACUUCAUAGCCACGGGGACCGUCGCGAUCUACACGAAUUCGGGGAAGGAAGUGUGCCACUUGGAAGACGGCGCGCACUUCGGCGAGGUCGCGUUGGUGAUGCCUAACGAGCUAAGGGUCGCCAGCGUCGUCGCCGUUGAAGUGUGCGAGCUGUAUCGGCUGGACAGAGCCGACUUCGCCAGGACCAUACAUCCUUAUCCCAUGUUAUGGGAGAGGAUCAAGAAAAUUGCUAUCGAGAGGCACGAGAAGACGAUGAUUUUAAAUGCUCAGUAG